AACCAGUGUACAAGAACAAAUACAGCAGCUUUGUGCGCAUGGUCAUUCUAAAAUUCAGCAACGGCUCCAUAGUGACAGAAUCCAACCUUCAAUUUACCAACACUACCAAUGCCACCAGCACUAACAUUACAGAUGUGAAAAACACCUUUCUCAAUGCAACUGCUAAUGACACGAGCUUAAACGUCAUUUCAAGCUCUGUUAACGUCACCGAGAACCCGAUCUCAAAAUUGAAAGUGUUCUUCAGUAUCAACGAAAACUUUGAUUCGAAUCUAAGCAGCAACACCUCGAGCCAGUUUAUAGCCAAGGCUAAAACUCUCACUGAUAAGUUUGAACCGGCACUCCAGAAGAAAUUCAGCAGCUUCCUUCGGAUGGUCGUUGUACAAUUCACCAACGGAUCUAUUAAGACAGAAUCCAGCCUCGAAUUCUCUACCAACACUACUAACAUAACGGAUUUGACAAAAGCAUUAAAUGACACAAUUCAAAAUAACCCGGCUUUAAACAUCAUUGCAAGCACCCUCACUGUGAACUCAGGCUAUAAAGCAGGAAUGUUUGGCUUACUUGCUUUGCUCUGGAUGUGUCUCGUAUCACUUCUGCUUCCUGAGGCAUUGCACCAUUAAGCUCAGUCCUGAUCAGGAAAUGUUCACCAUAACUUAACAUGAAAACACUUUUCCUAUUUUGUGUGAAUUUCUUGAUUUAUCC